GAGCUUUAUUACUCGCAAGCAAGAAACAGAGCAAAGCAAGCCACCAGUAGCCAGUACUAGUUCCCUGCAAGAUGGAGCACCAAGAAGUGAUCCCUCUGAUGACCCCGUACAAGAUGGGCCAGUUUGAGCUGUCGCACCGCGUGGUGCUCGCGUCGAUGACGCGGUGCCGUGCCUACGGGUACGUGCCGCAGCCGCACACCGCCGUGUACUACUCGCAGCGCGCCACCAGGGGCGGCCUGCUCAUCACGGAGGGCACGGGCGUGUCCGCCACCGCGCAGGGCUUCCCGGGGUCCCCCGGCAUCUGGACGCCGGAGCAGGUCGCGGCGUGGAAGCCUGUCGUCGAUGCCGUCCACCUCAAGGGCGCGCUCUUCUUCUGCCAGAUCGCGCAUGUGGGAAGGGUCUCAACUAACGAUUUUCAGCCAGACGGUCAAGCGCCGAUCUCGAGCACAGACAAGCAGCUCUCCCCUGACGCCGAGUCCGGCACCGUAUACUCCAAGCCGCGCCGGCUGCGGGCGGAUGAGAUCUCGGGGAUCGUCGAUGAUUUUAGGCGUGCCGCACGGAAUGCAAUCGAGGCUGGGUUCGACGGCGUGGAGAUCCAUGGCGCGCAUGGUUUCCUCUUCGAGCAGUUUAUGAAGGAUAGUGCUAACGAUCGCACUGAUGAAUAUGGCGGGAGCCUAGAGAACCGGUGCCGCUUCACGGUAGAGGUCGUCGACGCCAUCGUCCAAGAGCUGGGCGCACACCGCGUGGGCAUUAGGCUGUCGCCCUUUGCUGACUAUAUGGACUGUGUGGAUUCGGAUCCGGUGGCGCUUGGGCACUACAUGAUUCAGCAGCUGAACAAGCACAAGGACUUCCUUUACUGCCACAUUGUGGAGCCACGGAUGGCCAUCGUCGAUGGCCACAAGCAGAUCCCUCACAGACUCCUACCAUUCCGGAAGGCAUUCAAUGGCACGUUCAUAGCUGCCGGCGGUUAUGAUCGGGAGGAAGGUAACAAGGUAAUGGCGGAAGGCUAUACCGACCUUAUAGCAUACGGGAGGCUCUUCUUGGCUAACCCGGACCUUCCUAGGAGGUUCGAGUUAGAUGCGCCAUUGAACAAGUAUGACCGCUCCACCUUCUACACGCAAGAUCCUGUUAUUGGCUACACGGAUUAUCCUUUUUUGGAAGACGACGACAACAACGAGUCAAAUUAAAUAAUCAAGUUUAAUCAUGUCGUUUAUCUAUUUUAUCAGAUGUAAUGACGUACAUGAUUCAUGCAACAUGAGUACAUCAUUGAUUUACACUUAUCUUCCUUGUUUUUUGUGGGCUCGUGGGAGAGGCAAUACAUCUAUGCUGUUUUCUUAUACAGUGGUGUGAGGUGCA